CGAAAGAGAGACUGCGCCUGCGCAUCUCGCCGCGACUUGGGGAGGGGGGCUUUUGCUUGGAGGUACCGCACUUGCGCAGAGAGGACUCGCGGACGGCUGUCGACUGUGUUGCUGUGUUCCGCCCUCCCAGCAAGCGGUGUAUCUUCAUGAAUAACUUAAAUGAUCCCCCAAAUUGGAAUAUCCGGCCUAAUUCCAGGGAUGACGGGGGUGAUGGAAGCAAAUGGAAUUACGCCCUGCUGGUCCCCAUGCUGGGAUUGGCUGCUUUUCGUUGGAUUUGGUCUAGAGAGUCCCAAAAAGAAAUAGAAAAAGAGAGAGAAGCAUACCGUCAGAGAACGGCUGCUUUCCAGCGGGAUCUUGAAUCCAAGUACCACGACAUGAUCUCAGAAAAUCGACGUGCCGUUGCUCAGUUGUCUCUGGAGCUUGAAAAGGAGCAAAACAGAACGACUAGUUAUCGAGAAGCCCUUAUCGCUCAGGGACGCAAGUUGGUGGAAGAAAAGAAGCUUCUGGAAAAGGAACGGGCUCAGGUCAUGCAAGAAAAGAGACAGUUGCAGCCCUUGAGAAAUGCAUACCUGAGCUGCCUGGAAAAGGAAGAAGACUGGCAGAGGAGAGCCCGGCUUCUGCUAAAAGAGUUUGAAGGCGCUCUUUCAGAAAGACAGAAUAUCUACUGCAGCCUGGUCCUCCCUCGCCGCAAGCGACUGGAAAUAGAGAAGAACUUACUGGUCCGAGCAUCCACUGACCCGGUUGCUGCCGACCUGGAAAUGGCAGCUGGCUUGACUGACAUAUUUAAUCAUGAUACCUAUUGUGGUGAUGUCUGGAACACCAACAAACGCCAAAAUGGGAGACUCAUGUGGCUGUAUCUCAAAUACUGGGAACUGAUUGUCGAACUGAAAAAGUUUAAGAAAGUAGAGAAAGCCAUACUAGAAGAGUAAGAAAAGAAUGAGAUAAAACUACUUGUAAUGACUCAAGGUCAGAAUGUCUUUGUGGCAUUCUGGGUUAUCCAGUGUUUUCUUUUUUCCUUCUUCCUGUUGCCUGGGUUGCCUGUGUUGUGGCCACAUGCACAGAGUGUGCUCUCCGUCUGCCAGCCUCUGGGUGGAACAGCAGCCCUCAACAGACAGAGGGUUCCCUCCCUGAUCCUCUGCAGCUGUUAAGGAAGCUCUUUUCCAGAAGCAUUUUUUAGGCUGUCAGCAUUUUAUUAAGCAGUGAGUAUUACCUCGUAUCUUAGCUCUAGGGUACAACUGUUUUUUAAGGAAGUAAAAUACAAUAGUGAUCCUUACUAUAAGAAAUUUCCUGUCUGGGUUUAUCACUACCUAAACAACUCCUGUCUUUUCCUCAAAUUAUUUUUCUUCUAAAAUUACAUUUAGAGGUUGUCAGGUAAUGGAUAGAACUCCCUGCCGUCAGGUUAUGCAUAGAACUGCCUAACAAAUGAUAAUAGGCAAGUAGCAGUAUUAUCGAGGUUUUGUAUUGUUUUAAACAUCUUUCCCACCAAAGGGAAAAAGGGAUUUCUUGUAUCCACACGAUUCCCUAGUGGGUGUUUGGAAUUUGACUUGUUUCUGUAUUCAAUAAACAUAAUAUUGUUAAUUACUGAUGACAUAUAAUAAAAGAUG